AUGAUUGUAGCAUUAAAUUUAUUGUACUUUAUAAAGUCCUGCAGGAUCUGUGAUUCUUACCUUGUAGAAGUUAACAAUGAGGAGGAAAAUAGAUGGAUCACCGAAAAUGUACUGAAAAACGUUUCCUGUUAUAAUUGGUAUUCCUGUGCCACAUGGACCGGAGCAAAUGAUAGAGAUGAGGAAGGCACCUUUGUUUGGGAACAUUCGAACACUCGAGUAGGACAAUUAAACUGGUUUGUUGGAAAUCCCGAUGGAAAAGAUGGGAAAGAUUGUGUAGACAUGUUUUAUGAUGGCCAGUUCAACGAUCGUCCGUGUGAUUACGAGAAUGCAUUCAUGUGUGAAAGAGAGGAUUUGCCUUGA